AUGGCCGGAGCUCAAGCACUGUUGGCUCACAAGGCCAAAUCCACUGGCCUUGUAACAGUAGAAACGUAUGACAUCGGUUCCUACAGUAACAUCACCAAGGGCCCCAUUUCUUACGACGUUACUUCCGUCUCCGCCGUGGAUUCCUCCGGUGUGAUCACUAUCUUUGCCACGUGGGCCCUACCCAAGGGUGAGUCAACGGUCAACCAUAUAUGGCAGGUGGGCCCUAUAGUUAAUGGUAACGUAGGAAAGCAUGCUUUUGCGCCAGUUAAUUUGGGCUCUAAGAUGAAGCUUAGCUUGAUUGCUAAUAGUCCAAAUAGCGGACCUGCCGGAGCUCCUAAUAGGUCUCCUUCAGGCUCGCCUUCGAGUGGACGGAUCGAAGCGCCCGCUCCAGGAAGUAAUGGUGCAGGAGAGAGAUUGGUUUCAGGUGUUUUGGCGUUCGGUUCCAUUGUAGUUUCCUUGUUGGUUUAA